GACGCUGUGGUCGCAGUUCGACUAAGGCAAAUUUUCGAGAAGUGUCGUCUCUUGUGAGAAGCCCGGCCCGGACAGGCGAGAAAUCCGUGCCGGAAAAGGCACGUAACAUAGGCUUUCAUUGAAACAGGGAUACCCCUGCUUCCACCAAUAGAAGAAAGGAGCAUGCGCAACGUAAAGGUGCGGAUCCUCAGGGUCUUGCGUGGGGUCGACUGAGCAACACAAAUAAGAAGAGAGACAGUGCGUGUGUCCUGUGCGUUGUAUGGAAUGUCUUAUCGCACAUUGGAUGCCGGCAAUACUAUCAUCGGGAUACUUCUUUUUGAUCGCAUCGUAAGCCUGGAAUGAGCUCUUGUCCACCUCGUCAUUACUCUUGAAGGCUACGCUCAACACUUGCCCAUUCACUGUUCCCAUAAACAGUGUCUUUCCGUCUUGCGCCCAGACUCCAGUUGAAAUAGACCCGCCUUGCA